AUGGAUCCAAUCAAAUACGUCUUUGAAAGUCCAUUCAUGCCAGGAAGAAUAGCAAAGUGGCAAGUCAUACUUUCACAAUAUGACAUUGUCUAUAUAAUAAAGAAGGUAGUGAAAGGAAGUAUGACAGCUGACCCCCUGGCAGAAAAUCCAAUUAAUGAUUAUGAGGCUUUGGAUUUUGAAUUCCUUGAUGAGCAUAUUAAUGUAAUAAAUGAAGAAACAGAGGAGCAAGAUGAUGUAUGGAAGAUGUAUUUCGAUGGGGCAGUUAACCUCUCUAGUAAUGAGAAUGGGACAGUACUAGUAUCCCCAGAUGGGAAACAUUUCUCAGUAGUGGUCAAGCUGAGAUUCGAAUGUACCAAUAAUGUCGAUAAAUAUGAAGCCUGUGUGACCAAUUUACAAGCUGCUAUUGAAAUAAAAGUAAAGAAAUUAGAAGUGUAUGGAGACUCAGCUUUGAUAUUCUACCAAGUAAAGGGAGAAUGGCAGACUGAAGAUCCAAAACUAAUCCCAUAUCAGAAGUAUCUCCUAGAAUUGAUUAAGAAGUUCAAAGAAAUCUCUUUUACUCAUUUGGGUCAUGAUAAAAACCAGUUUGCAGAUGCUUUGGCCAUACUUGCAAUUAUGACUCAAAUGGAGGAAGGGCGAGAAGCACAAUUAUUGCUGAUAAAGAUAUGGCCUCCUAGUGAGAUUAUCAUUGACAAUGCUAGGAAUUUAAAUGGUUUGAAUGUUCAAAAGCUGUGUGAUCAGUACAAGAUUUGUUACCUCAAUUCAUCGCCUUAUCAACCUCAAAUGAAUGGAGCCAUCGAAGCUGCAAAUAAGAAUCUCAAAGGAAUAAUUGAGAAAAUAACCAUCACUUAUAAAGAUUGGCAUGACAUGCUCCCAUUUGCUCUUCAUUCUUAUCGGACUACGAUAAGAAUGUUGCCUGGGGCAACUCCAUAUUCAUUGGUGUAUGGCAUGGAAGUAGUUUUACCAAUUGGGGUGGAGAUUCCCUCUCUACGGAUCUUAAUGGAAGCAGAGUUAGAUGAAACUGAAUUGGUCAAAACAAGACUCGACCAACUCAAUUUGAUUAAUGUGAAAAGGUUAGCAGUAGUCCAUCGUGGACAAUUAUACCAAGGUAGAAUGGCUAGGGCAUUAACGACCUUGAGAAUUUUAGCCUGGAGACCUUAUUUUGAAGAAAAUACUACCGGACCAAAGUGA